CUAGAAUACCAGGCAUCUCUUGCCAGCUUACUGUUGAUCUGGCCGCCCUAGCGAGGGUUUGACCCAUUCCGACAAAGGACCAGCCCAUCGCUCCCGACCGUAAAUUCUCUCGAAGGGUCGUGCAUGUUGGCUUCGCAGCACUGCCCGGCGCGAACAUGGCGGUAGAGGUCAAUGGGAGCCGUUCCAUUGGAGCGAGGGAUUCACUGGACUCCCGGGACUCAGAGUCGGACUCAUUGGAACGACCAUCAUACUCGACUGCGCAUUACGACGAGGAGACUCUGAAUGCAGAAGAGGAAGCGGAGAGACUUUUGAUGGGCGGACGAGAUGGAAGAGCGGGCCAGAACAAGAUCAAGCGGCGAAAUGGGCGGCACGAUAAAUGGCGAGGCAGCCGCAACAUGGGCAACGACAGCGAGUCGAUGCUCAAGAUUGAAGAUGGCGGCAGAUCGAGCGAUGACAGCGCCAACUCCAGCGAUGUCGACGCGCUUGACCUCAGGGCACACCAGUCUUCAUCGAAGCUGGCCAAAUGUAGCAGGUUCACCGCGCUGCACAUUAUCAUCCUCGUGGCCUUUGUGGCGUUCGCGUAUGGCGCAUACAGAGCAUCGCGCUCCAUUGCAAGAUCAUCGCCUUCGUACGCUGUGAAGACGUUGUCGAAUGGCACCCAUGACUUUGCACCUACGACAGUGCUCAUCUCCCUAGAUGGCUUCCGCGCCGAUUUUUUGCAUCGUGGCCUGACACCCACCUUGAGAUCCUUUGUGCAGCAGGGCGUCUCUCCGAUGUAUAUGAUGCCCUCGUUCCCAAGUUUGACGUUCCCUAAUCACUUCACUCUGGUCACGGGCUUAUAUCCCUCCGAGCAUGGCAUCGUGGGUAACAACUUCUAUGAUCCCGUCAUGCACAAGCAAUUCACCUAUGCCGAUGCAAGUCUCAGCAUGAAACCCGAGUACUGGAACGCUGAGCCAUUGUGGGCGACUGCUGAACUGCAGGGUAUCAAAACCGCCAUUCACAUGUGGCCUGGAUCAGAGGCACAUAUCGGCGGCGUGGAACCAGAGUAUGUCGAUACAUACAACGGCGACGAGGCGCUGCACAACAAGGUCAACCGGAUUCUGGGCUGGCUCGAUCUUCCUGGACCUUCCGCCGUCGAGACACGAGAAAACGCAACAAGACCGCAAUUUAUCGCGGCAUACGUGCCCAAUGUAGACGCCGAUGGGCAUAGGUAUGGCCCCAACUCGACAUAUAUCAGAAGCACAAUCGCCGAAGUGGAUGGGAUGCUCGAGUUGUUAUUCCGUGGUAUUGAGGCACGCAACCUGUCAGACAUUGUCAAUAUUGUGGUGGUCUCCGAUCAUGGGAUGGCCACUACAGACACCACCAGACUGAUCCAGCUAGACGACUUGAUUGAUCUCAAAGAGAUCGAGCAUACGGACGGCUGGCCGCUUUACGGAUUGCGACCUUUCAACCAGUCCGAGGCGAAGCUGGCCGAACUCUACAACGCUCUCAAGGUACAGGAAGGCCUUCAUGAGGGCAAAUUUCAAGUGUUCUUGCGAGAUGAUAACAUGCCGGAACGCUACCACUUUUCUAACAACAAACGAAUUGCGCCUCUGUGGAUCGUACCGGAGGUGGGAUACGCCAUUGCGCCCAAGCAUGAAUUUGACGUGGCUGCGGCGCUGGAAAAGGGCGAAAUCUUUCACCCACGCGGCUUGCAUGGUUAUGACAAUGAUCAUCCCCUCAUGCGAGCCAUCUUCGUCGCCAGAGGACCCGCAUUUCCCCAUCCCAAGGGUAGUGUAGUGGAUCCGUUCUACAACACCAACGUCUACAACAUCAUCUGUGAUUCCUUGGGGAUCGAGCCUCGACCCAACAACGGCACCAUCAGAUUACCAUUCCAGACUACAGGGCUACAUGAUCCUGCGGCGUACGAACAGCCGCCGGAUGACCCACCGCCCAUCGCUCAUUGGGAUGGUGGUGCCAUUGUUCCCUCGGUUGUGGGCACUGGUGCUGGCUCACCUCCCAAGGAGACGGAGGCAGAAGAGCAAGCAGAACCAGUGGCGGAAGAGAUAUCGGCGCCAGCAUCGGAGCCAGCAUCGGAAGCCGAAGCAGACCAAACUGAAGCCAGCGAGAAGCCAGGUGACGAGAGUACGUCAUGGAGACAGUGGAUUGAUGGCCAUAUUGACCAGGUGAAGAAUUGGGUGACUGGCCUAUUUGGCGAGCACAAGACUGUUACGUCUGGGACGUAGUCAUUGGUCAUUGCUCAAGACAAGCUGUCUCCCGACGGUACAGGAUGUAUAUUGACACCAGCAAUCGCAACUUUCUCACCAGUGCCGCGCGGUAUUGCCGCACUUCGCCUCACUGUAACGUCCGAGCAAUCGUUCCUCAUGUCAUCUUGCCACAUUGGUAACACGACAUUCGCCACAGCCACCGCGCACCACCCAGCACCAAAAUUUAUAGCUUCGCCCUUCCCUCAUCGCUUUCCAGCUCCUCCAAUAACGUCUCAAACCUCUCCUUGAACACCUGCACCAACUCGGGAUCCAUACUCGACAUAUCAAUGCUCGGCGUACUAAACAAUGCCUUUCGAGACCCCGUCACCCCAAACAAAAAUUCUUCUUCUCGCGCUCUUACGGUCGCUGUCAGAUUGCGAAAAUCUGCGGCAAAUUUGAAUAUGUCUUCUUUGUUAUUACUUUGUGGAGAUGGAAUGGGAAAUGUCCCUGAGCGGAUUUGGAGAUCGCGGUUUCCGAUGGAGGAUACUCCGCAGGUUUGGGGGGUGGGGUUUUGGUGGGUGGGGUAUGCGCCUUGGAUGUUGUUGUUGUUUUGGUUGGAGAGAUGUUGGACUUUGCCUCGGUCGGCGCGUUCGAUGCUGUAGAGAUAUUGAUUCGCAAGCACAAGACCCGCACCACGACUCGUCAGAAACUGCUUUUUCGCAUCCUUCUCUCCUGCUGCAGCAGCAGCAAAAUGAUUCAAUCUCUUCUGAUAAACCGACAACUGUCUCUGCGCCUGACGCGCCAACAAUUUCAAUCUCCCCGCCACACUCAAUCGCGCCGAGAGAAACGGCAAAGCGAUUCCAUCGGAAAACGCCAGCAUCAUACUAUCCGGCUCGGAAUUCCAACCGAAAAAAGCACGAGGAUUGAGAGGAAACCCCGGAAUGAAAAUUUUGCGCUCUGAAAGCGGAAUCUCGGGGGAUUGUCGUUCGUACAUUUCCAUCAUGCAGACGCCUACCAUGGCGUAGAUUCCUGCUCCCAUGCUGGCUUGGGCUUCGCGGACGAGUUUUUGUAGUUGGGCGGUAUGUUGGGCUGAGACGCGGAUGUGGAUGGGAAGGGUGUUGAGAAGUGGUGUGCGAGUGUAAUCUAGGACUUUGUUGUAUAAGGGGGGAAAGGGAAUUGGUGUACACUUUUCGAUUUUCUUUCCUCCUCCUCCGAUUUGACGACGACGACGAAGUAAGGGAUUCUCGAAGCCGGCGGGGAGAGGACGACGGACGUGGCGGAGGAUUCUGGUGAUGGCCCAGAACCAACGUUGUCGGGCUUUGGAACCUGGGAUGGGAGGAUAGAGCGCUUCUUGGGGAGGUGGUAAGUGCUUUUGCAUUAUAUUGGGAUCGAUGGCUGAGAGGAUUUUCGCACGGAGGAUGGGGAUGGGAUCGUUGAGGGAUUGGAGAAGAGUUUUUAUCCAGAUGUUGACGGAGAUUCCAUCGGCGAUUUGAUGGGCGAGGAUUAGUUGGAUUCGGAGGAUGUUUUCUUCUUCGUCUUUGCCUUCUUCUUCUUCUGCUUUUUCGAUAGUAAGAGGUAGCACGAAAGCUUUGGCUAGAGCUACGUCGGGAUCGAUGAUGCGAGCUGUGUUGAGUGUGUGAUUGUAGAAAGUUGAGUGGUCGACUUGGGUGUAGUGGUCUUGGAGAAAGAUGAGAUGUUUCUUUGCGGACUCGAUUGCUGCGUUGAUGUUUGCGGGGACGUCGACGGCGAAGUGGAGGCCUUCGGGUGCGAUUGAUGAUGAUGAAUGAGAAGAAGUCUCGUCUGCCUGAUUAGAACUGUCAUCCUUCUUCUCUCGAACUGUUCUCGCUCCGAGUAGUAAAUGUCUGGUACAAAGUCUCGUCCAAGCCAACAAUAUCCUCUCCCGAAGAGAUUCUUCUUCCUGUUUCUCUUCCUCCUCGUUCUUAUUCUUCUUCUUGGAAAUCGCAAUCUUCACCAUACAAGACAUAUCCGCUCUUCCUUCGAAAAAUCUUCCAUCGUUAUCGAAACUGAAUUCACAAAAACCCAGAGGUCGUCGGAAGAAGAAUUGGUUAGAUGAGGUAGAGGGUGAGGAGGGGGAGGAGGAACUUUUGCGCAGCUUCUGCCAUUUGUAGGCUUCUUGGUUUCCAUAUUGGGAGAGCCAGGUUUCCAUAUUUUCUUUUUCUAUCUUCUUUUU